GAUCUCCCGGCCUUGGCAUGGGCAAAACCAGAAUGCAGUUUCCAAACCCGGAUCCGGGAGACAGGCUCAACAAUAUCAACAACGCAAGCGAAGCCUCCACAAAGCAGGCCACCAUACCGUGACCCCAGCCAGACCUGAAGCCGCCCGACAGUCACCAGCCCCCAACCAGCGCCAAAAUGUCCUUCCUAGGCUUCGGCCGGCCCCAGCCCACCUCCGCCGAGAAGAUCGCGGCAGUCGAAAACGAGCUCAAGGUUGUGGCCGAGAUGCACUCACGGAUGAUCAAGGUCUGCACGGCCAAGUGCAUCGACCGGACGUACCGCGAGGGCGAGCUGUCCAAGGGCGAGGCCGUGUGCCUGGACCGGUGCUCGGCCAAGUUCUUCGAGGCGCACCAGACCAUCUCGGAGCAGCUGCAGAAGGAGGGGGCCGCGCGCGGGUUCGGCGGGCCGGGCGCGUAAAACAUGGGCCGGGAAAAGAAAAAAGGAAAAAUCACAAUUUGAUUGAUACGCUACUUUGGGGCAAGCGGGAAAUGGGGGGUGAGGCUGUCUGCCUUCCCUUUCUAUGGGAUGGAAGAAUAGCGCGUGGAAGGGGGGUUGUUCCCGUGGAAGGUGGGCCUUUCCUUUGGUGUCGGUAUCCGUUGAUAGAUGGCGGGCUUUCCCCCCUGGACUGGGACGAGGAAGAGCCGAAUGGGCGUGUGUACUGUACAAUAUGGGAUGGCUGGGACGAGAUGGCAGAGACAGAUGGAAAGCGACUCAUUCGUCAGGCAGCUUGGUUCUGGGUCUGCUGCUUGGCUAAGGCGGUUAACCAGUGGGCAUCUGGGCAACAGGAACCUUUACAUGCAAAGCAUGUAUGUACAACAGAGCACUGUUCAUGUGAGAGCAGCUUAGAGCGGGAACUAGAAUGGGGUUGUAAUCAUGGCAUCUCUUCUCCAUUUGCGUUCUAAGAUGUAGUAUUCCCUCUGUCUUGCCUGAAUAUCCCGCGCUAUGCUCUCAUUAAUAACAUGGCUGAACCAAAUGCUUCUGUUCUCCUGACGC